AAAUUGUGUGUGUGUGUGAGAGAGAGUGAUGGCUGGGAAGGAAGAGAACCGAAUAUUUGUUGGAGGUUUGUCGUGGAACGUCACGGAGCGACAGCUCCACCACGCUUUCGAUCGCUUCGGCAAAAUCGUUGAAUGUCAGAUUAAGCAGGUUGUUGUAAAAAAAUUGUCAACCGAGGAACUACUCACAUGAAAGACAGUGUUUGGAAAUGUGGUUGGGAUCUAUAAGAUAAUCUCAUAAAUUUGAAAUGGGUAAGUUGGAGUAAAAACUGGCCAACAAAUCAACACAAACAUGAUCUAGCAGACCAUGAGAAGUACUGUUGAAGAGCUUACUGAUGUUCUUUCUGGAUUUUGUGGCUGAGGUUGUGAAGGUCGAAAAAUGAUAGUUGUUUGAUCAAGUGAUACCUUUAUUCAUUUGCUUGAAGAAUUUUGCUUUUUUGUUUUAGACAGACUGAAAGGAGAUGCGUCUUGUUUAUUAAUUGGCUGUCCUUACACUAGUAAGGCUAAAACUUGAAUAUAUAAGGUUAUGUGAGGAACACAAGUUUUUCAGCUGGAUACUGUGUCCUUAUUCUUGUUUGUGGAUUUAAAUCAAUGACGAUCCAUGUCAGUUUGAUUUCUGUGUCAGAGAAUCAAAGAGAUAUGUCACCUUUGAUAUUGACUAUAAUUUGAGUGAGGUUGCAUCUGCAAUGGUUCUAUGAUUCUGAAACUUUAGUUACAUAAUACACAAUGCUGCAGUUUUUCUGACAUAGCUACUAUAUUUGAUGGCAAUGAGAUACUCCCAUCUUCUAGUGCAGCGGGCUCAUGGGGUACAAGGUUCCUGUUUUUGAGCCUUAUUCUCUUGAGGUUCUGUUUGGUUUGGCAUAUGUAUUUGCUGUUACAAUUAAGUUAAUGUCUCUGGUUUUAGUUGGCAAAUUCAUGGUUGCCAUUUGUGCUUGGCUUGGGUUGUGUGGAUCCAUUGAACCUUUGUUUUAACUGUCUAAACCAUUUUAAGUUAUACCAUUCUCUUCAAGAGCCCUUGAACCACCAAUUUUAGUUUUUCCUUGUUCAUUUUAGUACUGGGCAGCUUUAGACUAUCUGUAAGUUGACUUAACAUAUUACAAUCAUCCUCGUUUACUGAUCUCGGCUGGACUGCUCAGGUGCCUGAAAUGCAUUCACAUCUAGACUAAAUCUUGAUGUUUUAAAACAUGGUAGUAAUGGUUGGAUGACUGGAUUCAUUAUCUGAAUUCAAAAAUUUUGGAGUGUAGUGCGUCUCCUUUUGACUGCCUGGGAUGCUGAAUCUGUUUAAGUUUGGAGUCUGGGUACUCACAGCUGGUAUCACAGAUCAUUUCAUCUAUUCCCUCCAACUCUGCGCCAAUAUUCUACCCAAGGGCACAGAGAUCUUGUACUUCUGUUGGCAUGCCGACUGAAAGUUUUUAUGGUAGUGGUAGGCUCUGUUUUCUGGUGUUAGAUUUGUUCCAUGUCAAGUUAUCAGUUGGAAGAGAUGUAUAGUUAGCGCCGCUUUUGACAAUGUAUCUGCCUGAUUAUUGCAAUCAUUUUUCUUUCCUGGUAGAACCGCUGAAGAAGGUGGCAGAAUUAUGGAAAAAGCUAGGAUGUAGUCUCCCAAAUGAAGACUAUCAAUUGGUUAUAUCCUUAUUGUAGGUAUUGUUUAUGCUGUACUUGGGAAAACUCAUAGUUGCAAGAAAUGUUUUAUGGGGAUUUACACUGCCUGAUGUCCAUGAAAAGUUUGGUUCUGGAAGAGAUUCCUUUUUGUUACCAGUAGAUGGGUACCCGCAUUGUUUUCUUGUUCCGAUAUUUGUUGUUGAAAAUAAUGACUUCUUGAUUGGGAUAUCGUAUCCGAUAGAAUGCUUUGACUUCUGACCAGAUUAAGUGGGAUGUUGUAACAAUUUUAGAGUGUUUACAUGUACUUCUUGACCACAUGGUGCAUUAAGAGAGAUACCAGUUUAUGCUGCAACUGGUCUCUCAGAUUCUGUGAAAAAUUUGAGGUUGGAGUCUCAUAUAUUGUCAGAUGACAGACAUGUACCAUCUGGCAGAUUCUUCUGGUUUGUUUAAGAAUUCUUUGCAAUAUGAAACACAUUGCAUUGCCUUAUCCAUAAUGGCAAAGAAAAAAUCAUGUUGGAAAGAGAUACAGGCCGCCCUCGUGGAUUUGGGUUCAUUACGUUUGCAGAUCGUCGGGGAAUGGAAGAUGCAAUCAGGGAUAUGCAUGGACGGGAGCUUGGGGAUCGGGUUAUCUCAGUGAAUAAGGCCCAACCCAAAAUGGGGGAGGAUUUAGACCAUGGCUAUAGGGGAGGAGGCUACUCAUCUAGUGGCAGGGGAAGCUAUGGAGGAGGAGAUAGGUCUACUGGGCAAGAUGAUUGUUUCAAGUGUGGGCGCCCAGGUCAUUGGGCGAGGGACUGCCCUUUAACAGGUGGUGACCGCGGUGGGGGUGGAGGUUCAUUUUCUUCACGUUCUAGGUUUGGAGGGGCUGGUGGCCGUGGGAAUCGUUUUGGGGGAGAACGUGAUCGCUAUAUGGAUGACCGUUAUGAUGGAGGUCGCCAUGGAGAUAGGGAUCGUUUUGACAGCAGAGACAACAAAUAUGGCAGCCGUGAUCGCCAUGUUGGUGACAGGUAUGUGCCUGGUGGAGACCGCAUUGCGAGUGAUAGGUAUGGAGGUUCAGAUCGUUAUCCCCAGAAUGGUUAUGGCAAGGACAGAGCCUAUGAUAGGGAUGGUGGCCCAAGAGGGGGUGGCAAUAGGUAUGGAAAUGGAGGACCAGCACGGAAUGAGGGAAGAAGUUACAGGAACAGGUCGGGUCCUUAUGACCGCACUGACAGGGCUGGGCGCCCAUCUUCCAUUGACCGCUACUAAAUGUUCGUAGUUAUUUUUCUUUUGGAACUUUUAGGUGUAUAAACUCUGGUAGGUGCUUGGUUUUCAGUUAUGUAGAAUGCCGCAAUUGGGAUGAACCAAUGGUUUAAUGCAUUUACUUUUAUCU